AUGUGCCUCCCCAUCACGUCUUUUUCCCCGAGAGGCUCACGUCUUACUAUUCAAUGUCUUACGGCCGAGUUGGACAAUAAUACGGCAACGAUCUUCUUUGUAAUAUCCAUCUCAGCUUCUUUCCGGGCCAUGAAGACGCCACUUCCGGAUGCUGGCUUGUCGCCUUUGCUUGUGGCUUCUCUAGAAGUCCGUAUGCUGGAUCCCUUGAGUGCUGAUGCCGUCAUCACCGCUGACAAGGUCUGCCCGAAUAAGCCGGUGCUUAAAUUCGAUCGCACGUGUAACUUGACGGCAUCCCGAGGCUGGCAUGGGUACCAGUACUACGGUAACUUGGAUUUGAAGAGCGAUAUACGAAGCGAGCUAAGGGCCUUGAGCGCCUUCCGCAACUCGAUCGGCAGGCCUCCUCUUGCAAGUGCAACCAUACCAGGCCAUCCCCAGAACCACUAUUGCGCCCGUGGAUUAGAGUUUGCGCCGCGAAACCAGGCUUCCAGAACAGGGCAACAGGAAGCACAACUCGCCCGUACCGAAACGAACGAUACGCAUGGAGAGGAUCCACCAACAAAUGCCUCAGAACAAUCGAAACGCCCAGUCGUCGUCUCUGUUGUUGCGCGCUUCAGCCCCAAUGGUCUGGCCACCCCCUCUUUCAGCUCUCCCGUCUACCCUGUCCAGCAAGCCGAUCACGGCUGUAAAGGCCUAAUGGUGUUAGCGGCGGCCGAUAGGAAGCUGACCCAAGCCUUUCUCAACAAUCCAGACCGAUGCCUCGCUCAACAAGAGGCGGGAAUAUUGAAUAGGCAGCAGAUGCGUGUCGAGAUCCUCUCCCGACCCGAGUCACACCAGGCGGCGCUUGCCAGGCUCGGCCAAUCUCGAAAUCUAUGUGUUCACAAGGUGAUCACACAAACAUGGGGACCAGGCCAGGGUCAUGGCUGCAAGGGUGGCGGCCUUGCGUGGGCACCUCUGCUCUGAGUGUGUGGUGCGGG